AUGACAAGCAACAAAAAAGUACACGACGCAAUUUUGUAUCGGUGGGACCGAUCACAAAUUUCUGCACCAAAAUUUCACACAUCCACGCAAUUAACGACUAAAAUAACUAAUAUUAUAAACAUUAUCACCCCGAAGACGACUCAUAACUCAAGAUCUUGCUCAACUGAUCAUUCCAAAUUACCUUUAUUCAUCACAUCUGGGUUUUCUCCACUCGCCAAUCUCUGAUGAAAAGGAAAGACAUCAACUUGGAGCAUAGCAUGUACUCUGCCGCCCUCUUGUGCUAAAUGUAUGUGCACUGUCAGCGUAAAGGGAAUUUCCCAGAAUUUGGAGUUGUCCUUUACACGUCCACUUGCAACUAGUCCAGAUCCUUGCCUGCGCUGCAGAUCCGGUCCAGAAUUCAUCUCAUUUUGGACCGAGGACAUAUUGAUGAAGGAUUGAAGAACGUGUCACACGAUGGCAGAACGCCAACCACGUACCCGGACGCGAAUUCUAAAGGACAGUGUGGAGGAGAAAAUCAACCACUUCAAAAACCUGGCACGCCAACAAGGUCUGACAAGAUCUGACAUCGAUGACUGCAUCAUUUUAGCACUCAAGGCUAACAAAAGACAAACUAAACCGGCUUCAAAAUUAUGGAGAAAUCUAGCUCAAGGGACGAUCAUCUUCUCGAUCAUCUUGCUCUGUCUUUGGGUCAUUGUCAUUAACCACAAGCCAACCAAGCAAUUCUUUGAACUCCUGUUUUUCAAGACGUCUUAUCCAGUAAUGAGAGCUGUUAGAUUACUCAGUCUACCUCUUGCAAGGAGGGUCGAUUUAAGUUACAUCUAUUACUCGGAAUGUGCCUUACCAAAUCCCCUGUAUCAUGGAGCUACUGAUUUACCCGACUGCUAUCCAUGCACGUUUGUGUCUAGUAUUGAAGUCAUCGAAGGCACUUCGAGCCUUUUCAGUUUUGGACGGCCUUUCAUCUUUAAGGAUCCAAAAGUCAAUCAGUUCACAUAUGGCGAGAUGCAGACAUGGCACAGUAAGAACUGGAAGAUCUUCAGUCAAACCAGAGCAGAUCAUAUUCAGUCUUCCAAUCCAUUUGUACAUUCAACUGCUGAUCUAUUUGCAGAGGAGAGAGUCGAGGAUGAUCUUGAACAUUCUCCAUUUUCAUUUGAGUGGAGAGUAGCCAGUGCUGGUAGUGUGCGUCUAGUCAGGAACCUUUGUGGUAAACCAAGCUUUAUUCCUUCCGGGUCAGAGGUCAUUCCUGAGAUGUUCCUCAUCAUCGAGUCUUCCUCAUCUUAUCCUCAUAAUAUGCCUAAACCGUCUUUCCCUGGCUAUGCCUGGAUAUCACAAUCUCACGGAUCAAGAGAGAUAGUCUUGUCUCCAGUCUCACAAUGCAAGAACAACUGCACGGACGUCUCACUCCUACUGGAACCCGGCAACGUUUUGUUCCUUGAUACAAGAUACUGGGAGCUUCAAUCUUUUCCAUUCGGAGACGGCGGCAUCAGCAUAUCCUGUCUGGGUUCCUUUGCAUGAUCAUAGGCAUCUACUCAGUCCUAGAACCUUGCAGAGUCCAUCCAUCUUGCAGCCCGUCAGAUAUUCCAAGUUCGAAGACCAGCAAUGCAUGAGAUUUUAGACAGGGAAGAGUGGCUCAGCUCGAGACCACCAGCCAUUGUGUGUGAAUGUGUAUGGGGAUAGGCUACGAUAAAGGUGUGAAAAAGAGAUUUGGGGGAUGAGCAAGAGGGCGCCAUGACAUAUGCUCUGGCGACAAUUGCUUAUAGAUGGAAAAUCUGCAUGUCAAGCCAAACCUAAAACGUAUCCUCCAACACUAAAACCCUAAUCCUUAACUUUAUAUUAUUCUGAACCUGAAACUCUAUUAUUACAAUCCUAACUCAAACCCUUUGCCCUCUGAGAUAUGAAGACCAGAGGAAAUGUCGCAGGAGCAAAUGUUGUGUCACCGAGCAAUGCGGGAGUCUCAUGCCAAACUAAGGCUUGUGAAAUUCACAUGUCUGGCUCAUUCUGGUACCUUAACUGGGAUGUGCUGGAGGACAUUUCAUCAACAUUUGUAUUUCUCUCUGAGGAGUUGUCAGUUCUGACAAUAACUAUCCUUGAUUUUGAUUGGACGGGAAGCAUGUGUGUGUGUGUGUGACUGUUACUAUGGUUGCUGUCAGAUAAAACAUGUUUUGUCAGAAUUUUUUUUAGAAAAGUCCUUUAUAAAUCCCUACCUUGUCAGAGAAGAGUUCAGUAGAAUCUGAUCGAUAUCUAAUGUCAAUGUAAGCACUUACAGAUUUUGAUAUUAAGUGCUCUAUAAAUGCAAUAUUAUAUUAAGUUGGUUGUUGCCAGCAAGAUAUAGCCGAUAACAUGAUACAUCGCAGUCUGAAAAUUAGGAUAGCAAGGAAGGGAUGAAAGUAAGGCUUUCAUUUGUGCUUGUACAAGAAAUGCAGGCAUUUGGGUACCGACUUACUAAAUUCUGAGUUGAAGGAAAGAAAUACAGAGCAGCAUUUAUGGUCAAUAAAUGAUUAAUUUUUCAUAAUCAACAAUAUUUCGGUCAUAUCGUGUUCCCACAAUAUAUCAACAAUCAUGUAUCGGGUAACCAUUACAGUAUAUGCAAUAUUAUUUUCAACAUUUCAUUAUUUCGUUUAUAAGAUUUAUAUAUUUUGAGAUUCACUGAAAUAAAGCAAUCAAAGGCCAUCGAUUUAAUAUUUUAUCAUGUAUAGCAUAGAAUGAAGUGCCCAAGACAAACACAAAAACAUUUGGCAUUGUACAUUCAUGAUUCUGUAUUUUUUGUAUUAUUUUGGGCUCGUCAUAAUCAAGGAUCUACAUUACGAGAGUCCUUUUUUUUUUCUUGUAUUUAAUGUAUGAUAGUGGUUCCCAGUUUACUUUUUUUUUUAAGUGCUACAUAUAGGAUGCCAACAUAUUUGCAAAGUACUAUUUUCUGUGAUUUGUAUUUUUCUAUGUACAUGUUAUUAAAAGAGAAAUUGGUCAUUUUUUUAUCAAAGAAUAAA